CUAGUUUGGAUGUAGACAUAUUGACAGACAGAUGUCUCAUGUUGAGGUAGACAAUAGACAAGUGUAAUGAGUGAUCAGUGUCUAGGAUGGAGGCAUGUACAGACAAGUGUUUGUGUGGGGAUAAUUAAUAGACAGAUAUGUGUCUGGUAGACCGAAGACAUAUUGACAGACAGUCUUCUCAUGUGGAAACAGACAAUAGACCAUAACAGACAGGUGUCCGGUUUGAUGAUAGUCAUAUUGACAGACAUCUGUCUUUCUGGAGGUAGUCUGUAUACAUAUACUAAUUGAAAGGUUAAAUGUCUGGUGUGGAGUUACUCAGUUCUUUUAGAUAUGGAACGUACUGAUAGCAGUAAAUGAUAUGAGCAAUAGAACUUGUUCCAUGGUACUAAAUUUGGCAUUGAAAAAUGUAUAGACAAUAAUAAGAGGAAUCUGUCGACUGCUGAGUGUCGAAUCCUCGUCGAUUUAUCCCAAUAAUGGUUUAUGAUUGAAGGGAAGCAAUCCUUAAAAGAUUAUGACUGAAUUCUAAGAAAUAGAAAAUGAAGAAUUGGUUCAGUCAUUUAAUAUUUGUUUCGACAAAUCAAAGCACGUCUUCUGUUUAGCGAAAUCAAGUUAACUGUUUAUUGUUGUUUGUUUGUUGCCAUGGAUUUAUUUAUACACCUGAUGUCAUGAACACGCUUUCACUUCACAUUGCCGUGCCUUACAAGCGUUUUGCAGAGAUAGACACGCACAUGUCAAUCGAAACAAGAUGGCAGAUGAAAAGGAGAAAACCGACGACCAAGUGAAACGUGUGGACGAUCUCAAAAUGUCAAGAGGAGAAAAGGCAGAAAUUGUUGUGGACUUUGAAAAAUUACACGACUUAUUUGUUUAUGAUGAAAUGGAAAACAAAAUUCGUUUUUCGGACAUCUACAAACACCAGAAAACAAUCGUUGUGUUCACACGGCACUUUCUUUGUUUCGUGUGUAAGGAUUACAUGGAAGAUUUAGGAAUUGUCCCCCUUGAAUACCUGCAGGCUGCUAAUGUUAGGAUUGUUGCGAUUGGACCAGCUCCCUGCAAGUUCAUAAAGCCAUUCAAAAAAGAGACUGGUUUCAACUACAGUCUGUAUACUGAUCCAGAGAGGGAGGUCUACAAGACACUUAAUUUGAAAGAAAAGAUGGUGCAUGGUAAUGAGAAAAAUAAUAAGCAUGUCAAACAGAGUCCAUUUAUGGGGAUCUUGAGGAGUACCUGGAAGGCCAUGAAAGUUCAGGAAUAUGAAGGGAAUAUAAAACAGCAAGGAGGAGCAUUUAUAUUGGGGCCAGGUGAUGUUGUACACUUUGCACACAUUGAUGAAAAUUCUCUGGAUCACAUGCCGAUUAAUGACCUACUUGAGAAAGCUGGAGUUGCUCCAGUCAGCUUCCCUAAGGACAAGAGAGUGCAGCACAUAUGAUCUUCUCUCCUAACUCACUAACUGAUCACAUGCGUGCUUUGACUAAAAUUCCUUUGUAAAAAUGCUAUUCAUUGGAAUGGACUUAAAUUCUGCAAUGUACAAAAGUU